AUUUCUAGAAGAAAUGAUUAGAACCAGAGAACGGUUACAGUUAUCCCUUACCUUAACAAAACCAUAUUAACGGUCUCGUUUUGUUUUUGCAUAAACUUAGCCAUGGCGUUUCUAGCUAAAACCCAUUGCUCUCUUCACUCACUCCCUUUCCAGUUCCCUCUUCUUUCUCUCCCUCCGCCUCCACCGUCAUUAUCACCGGCCAAAAAGUCCACCGGAAAAUCUCUUAAAUUCAUUUGCAAAUCCAACGGCCAAGAUGAUUAUUUGAUUGAUGCUCCCGUUUCUGCUGGAGAUGGGUUUUCUUUUAGUGGAGGGAAAUAUUCAGAUGAGCCUAGUCCAGCUGAUGAAUGGUUUAAACAAGGAAAGUUUGUGAAAGCUCAUCCUGUUAAUUCUGGUGAGAAGGCUAAAGAUCCUAUAUUUGGACUUAAAAUGGGCUCUGGUUCUCAGUCCUCAAAUGAUGUUUUCAGAUGGUUUUGUGUUGAAAGUGGAAAUGCAGACAAUCCAACCGUUGUAUUGAUUCAUGGUUUCCCUUCACAGGCAUACUCUUAUCGCAAAGUUCUUCCUGUUCUAUCCAAAAACUAUCAUGUCAUUGCCUUCGAUUGGCUAGGAUUCGGAUUUUCAGAUAGGCCUCAACCUGGAUAUGGAUUUGACUAUACUUUAAAUGAAUAUGUGUCAUCCUUAGAGUCAUUUAUUGAUGAAAUUUCCAAGGAAAAGGUUUCACUUGUUGUACAGGGAUACUUCUCACCGGUUGUUGUCAAAUAUGCUAGCAAACAUCCGGAGAAGCUGAAUGAUCUUAUACUCCUUAAUCCCCCUGUAACAGCGAAGCAUGUCAAACUCCCAUCAACUUUAUCUAUAUUCAGCAACUUCUUACUCGGUGAAAUUUUUUCUCAGGAUCCUUUGAGAGCCAGUGAUAAAGCCUUGACAAGCUGUGGUCCAUAUCAAAUGAAGGAAGAUGAUGCGAUGGUUUACAGAAGACCGUAUUUGACUUCUGGAUCUGCAGGGUUUGCACUGAAUGCAAUUAGUAGGGCUAUGAAGAAGGACUUAAAGAAGUACGUGGAGGAAAUGAGGUCAAUACUUAUGGACGAAAACUGGAAAGUUAGAACCACUAUGUGCUGGGGGAAAAGAGAUCGUUGGUUGAACUAUGAUGGAGUAGAAGAAUUCUGCAAAGAUUCAAAAUACAAUCUGAUUGAGCUUCCUAUGGCAGGGCAUCAUGUACAAGAGGAUUGCGGUGAAGAACUUGGAGGUAUCAUCUCUAGAAUUUUCAGCAGAAGGAGCUGAAAACAGACGAUGAACCUGGAGAUCUACGCGUUCUGUUUAUAUUGCUGUCUGGAGAUGCAUAUCAGGUGAACCCGCCUUUAUAAUUACUUUAUUUAUAAUGUUUUCAUACUUCUAUGUACAAGGCAAAUGAGACUAGUUUGUUCUUCUGUAAUUGAACAAAGCAUUUUGAAAUGAAUGAAUUGUUUGGAAAAGAA